AUGGUCGGUAUCAGGUUUUUGUCACACACAAGGCAACGGUUGCCAACAAUAUACUCGAUGGUGACACCGCGCGCCAAAUCGGCCGUCUCUGUGAUCAGGGUCUCUGGAGACAAGGCACAGUAUGUGUAUAGGAAACUUACGAGACGUGACGACGUGCCGCGAAGCAGGCAGGCCUGUUUGCGUGGGUUGUACAACGGGGACAACGAGCUGAUAGACCGGGCGUUGGUGCUAUACUUCAAGUCGCCGGGUUCUUUCACUGGGGAAGAUGUGGUUGAGUUUCAAGUGCAUGGUGGGAGAGCGGUCUCAGAGAGUGUGUUAAGUGCCAUUGGGUCAUUGAAUAAUAGAGAUCAGGACGUGGAAAUACGGAUGGCUGAUAGAGGUGAGUUCUCUCGCAGAUCGUUCCUCAAUGGCAAAGCAGAUCUGACUGGCUUGGAAGGUAUCAACACAUUGAUUAAUGCCGAUACGGAGGCGCAACGCAGAGCUGCCAUGGGCUCCUUCACAGGUAAGAAUAAAGCAUUGUUUAACCGCUGGCGGGAUAUAGCCAUUCAAAACUCAGCCCAACUCACUGCCAUCAUUGACUUCUCCGAAGAUUCUGAUUUUGCUGAUGAGUAUACAGCUGUUAUGGCGGAGGUCCGGCAAGAGUUGAUGGGGCUAAGAACCGAGAUAGGCAAUUUUAUUGCCAGAGUCACUAAGGCAUCAAUUGUGGAAAAUGGUAUUAAUAUGACAUUGCUCGGCGCACCUAAUGUGGGGAAGUCGUCUCUGCUGAACCAAAUAGCAAGCGAUGAUAUCUCUAUUGUGAGUGAUAUACCAGGUACUACGAGAGACAUAGUAUCUUCAAUUGUAAAUAUUAACGGAUACAAGGUCAAUCUAUUUGACACUGCGGGCAUACGAGUGGACACAACAGAUCCAAUCGAGAAAAUGGGCAUAGAAAAGGCAUUCAAAAGAAUUGGUUCUAGCGAUAUUUGCAUCUGUGUUAUAGACGGGACCCAACCUCUACCCUUAAAUGUAUUAGAUCUGCUCAAAUCGAGCGAUUUGUCGGGGUCAGAGAUAAUAUUUGUUGUUAACAAGAUAGAUAUUGUGGAUGAUAGUUGCAAACUUAGUAAGAUACAACAAUAUAUUGGUAACAAUCUGACUGGUUGCAAGAUUUGUUUUGUAUCUUGUUUGAAAUCCACCGGGAUAGAUGAACUAGUGACUGUACUUACGGGAAAGUUCAAAACUUUGACUCAGAAUGAAGAGAAUGAGGAUCCUAUCAUAGUUUCUGAUAGAGUGAAAGAAAUACUCGAGAAAGAUGUGUUAUAUGGCAUCGAUCAGUUCCUACAAAUACAGGAUGAUAUGCACGAUAUAGUGAUAGCAACUGAGCAUUUGAGAUAUGUUAUAGACGGUAUCGGCAAGAUAACCGGUGAAGUAAUAGGACUCGAAGAAGUGCUUGACGUCGUAUUUUCUAAGUUCUGUGUCGGAAAAUGA